UUUGAAAGGGGCUUCAUGUUGAUCAUGUGACCUCCAUCUGCCCUACCAGCGCGCCUUCGGCGCAGAUGCUCACAUGCGUGCCAAAAGCGCAUGGAUCCUGCUCAGUUGGAGUCGACCUUGGCAGCUACACUUCAAGUGGUGGAGGCUCAACGAGCGCAGCUCCACACCGCCCAGGAGGAGCUCGAAACCUUGCGCCUGCAGCUGGAAUCCGAGCGCAAGGCAAAGGAGGUGGCAGAGGAGAAGCUCCGCGAGGCUUCAGUUGACUUUGCGCGAAAGCUCUCGCAGAUGCAGGCGCGCGUCUUCGAAGCGGAGCGGGACGUGGUUUUGGGCGGCCAGGUCCUGGUGGCACGCAGCGGUCCCGGAACUUCGGGAAUUGUGUCAGCCGCCGUGGAAGGACCUCCUCGGCUCCCGGGCGAGACGCCUCGUGGCCCGCGGCGCGCGCCCGUGCCGCCGCCGCCACGCUCGGGAGAUGAGGCAGCCUUUAGCCGGAGCCAUGUGCCCGGAGCCAGCGGCGUCGGCAGUGGGUCUCGCCGCACGCGCUCGGCGCAGCAUACGCAGCGGCUGGAGCCUUUGCUGAGCGAUGCAGGUCCUUCUCCUCGCCUCAUCAAGUGAGACUGGCCACUGGACGAUGGCACUCUGCUGACCAUCCAGACGGUUGCACCUCGGGGGUCUAUUUGAUUGAUCAAGAGUGCAUGAUUGAUCAAGAGAUGUCUUUGAGUUGGAUGUCUUUCAGCGCAAGUGGGGCUGCCGGACAUGAUCCACUGAUCACGACCGAAGUUUGAAAAAGAUCAGACUGACAGCGUGUCACCAUGACCUUGAAGAUGCCAGGGUGUGCCACUGUGCUGGCGGUGAAUUGGCCGCUGGCACUGGCCUUUUCCGGCGGCUUACAGUGAAAAAAAGAGCUGAGAUGUUUCCAUAGACACACACACACACACAUGCUACGACUUCACGUUCAGGGGCGUGGAAUUCAAUCUG